AUGCUAGAAGCACAGAGCGCAAAGAUGGAAGAGAAGGCUGAGCUCGGGAAGCAGACCAGUUGGACGGAUGUCGUCAGGAAAAAUACAAGGAGAGGAAAAGGCGAAAAACCAGUCGACAAACCAGCUGAGCUGGCAGUCGCGGGAACAAGACGGACCAACCAGAAGAACCUGCCGAUGAAGCGAAAACCUCCAGCAUUAUUGGUGCGCGUAAAGGAAGGAGAUUACAAGAACGUACUCCAAAAAGUAAGAAACAGCGAUGAGAUCAAAGUAGUGGCGGACAAAAUAACAGCGCUCACAAAAACCAAAAGCGGGGACCUCUUAGUGCGAGUAAACCCUGGCCAAGAAGGAAUGGCUCCCUUAGCCGAAGCUCUGGGGGCGGCUGUGGGAGGAAAUGAGUUGGUCAAAGAACUGAUGCAAUAUCAAAAGGUGAUGAUACAAGACCUAGACGAACUGGCGAGCGAGGCAGAAGUGCUAGAAGCUAUAGCAACCGCAACGGAAGGCACGGCAGGAGAGGCAAAAGUGGUCACCACGAUAGCGGCCAACAGGGGACAGAAGUGGAUGGGGGUCUCAUUACCUACAAAGGCAGCUAGCAUAGCACAUGCGAGCGGAAAACUGCGAGUAGGGUACGUAAACUGCAGGGUGAGACAGUGGGAAGAACGCGGACGCGGCAGGUGCCCAAGGUGCUUGGUCGCCGGUCAUGCCUCUGAGGACUGUAAAGGGCCAAAUAGACGGGACUGCUGCCGCGCGUGUGGCGCAACAGGCCACUUUAAGGCUGGCUGCGGAGCAAGCGAAAAGGACAAAGCCACUUUCAAGGCUCAACUAACUGUGGAUAGAUCGCCAACGGCAGGUAAUCCAAGCCAACAAUGA